CAGUGUCCGGAGAGGCAGUGCGAGACGGUCGGCUGUGAACGUGUCGAUGCGCAUCGGAGUCGUGUAACUAUGCACGAGUUUGAUGUGGAAGAGCAUAUAAAGCGUACGUGCCUACAUCGCGUCCAUCUCGCGUCCCGUACCGCUCUCGUUUGCAUUCGCGGCGGCUAGUGCGCGCGCGCGUUCAUCCGCGGCCUCGUGUCCUCGUGAAAUGUCAAGCGUUCUACGUUACCAUGGGCUGAAUACCGUCUCGGCUGUAGUAGACUCGGCUGUCAGAUCACGCACGAGUGAGACAACACGUUACGGGACCCGGAGCGUACGAGAGAGCCAGGAAGCGAGGUAGACGGCACGGCCGACGAAAAGUCCGAGUGAAAGUGCGAGAAUUGUCUGUUCUUUCUUUUUCUCUCUCUCUCUCUCUCUCUCUUUCUUUUUCUCUCCCUUCCCUGUGAGACAACGGCCGCGAGAACAAAGACGAUAGGUUCGACGAGCCUCUGCGAGCACGAAGAGCGACUUCGCGACAUCGCCGAUGUUUAAUCGGCCGCAAUGGAGCCCGAGGAGCCUCUGAUGCAAGGGAUUCUCCUGCUGCCGCCGCAGGGAAUGCUAGGCCAACUCAAGAAAACAUGGCACAAGAGAUUCUGCCAGCUUUUCAGGACAAGUAAUUAUGGUAUCAAACGUGUGGAAAUCUAUGAUAAUCAAGAGGAAGCAAUAAUGCAAUCUCACUCCCCACGUAUCAUCACCCUAGACGCUUGUAUAAAAAUUGCUCCUAGCAAUCAGUCACACGUCUUUACCGUGGUAACUAAAUCAGGAGUACAUUAUUUCGGCUGUUACUCAGAAAUGGAGAUGACUCAGUGGAUCACAGCAUUCCAGUUGGUCGCUUUCAAGGACAGUGUGUCGAAUCAAACGAUAGAAGAAAACAACGAUCUGUAUUGCACGAGUGGGGAAGGUGUAUUUUCCGUUAAAGUCGUAGAAACGGACGCGUCUAAGCGCUGCGGACUGGAGACAAGAAAUUAUACGUUAGUGAUUGCUGCGGUCGAUAUGAAAUUGAUGGACGGAGAUAUUGUUUUAUUUACAUGGCCAUACAGGUAUAUCAGGAGAUACGGAUACAGGGAUGGAAAGUUCAUCUUCGAAGCUGGGAGAAAGUGCGAGUCCGGCGAAGGCUCCUUCCGUUUGGAACACGGCAGUCAACAGGAGAUCUUCCGAUGCAUGUACUCUAAAAUGAGAUCUAUGAAAAAGUUACUGAACGAGGAGAAUAACCCGAGCAUAGAUUGCAACGACGCUCAAUACCACGCAGCUUUGUCUAUGGAGCCCGGCUCUAGAGCGGCCUUACCUCCCUCGCCGAACAAUUCUAGCAAUUUGAUCGACAUAGAUUUCUCCUCUCCGCAAAAUUCCCAGAAGCAAACGAGUUCGUCAUCGAGCGUAGAUUCCACUACCUCGUCGACCAGAUCGAUAAACAAGUCUAAACCCGCCAAACCACCGCGAAAGUACGUUUUCGGUAAUCUGUUAGAGAAGAAGAAUCUCGACACGGAAUUUCUGGAUUUACCCACAUGCGGAGAGUAUAGAACAUUAAGUCAAGCUAAUUCGCCGGAAUUGUCUCACAAAGCCAUCGAUAGCGUCUCGUACGAAGAUGACGAGAGACACUCGUACGAUUUGGUAGAGAUUAGGAAUGACGCUUGGAAAACGCACGGUAUUGAUAGCGUGCACCAUACGGAGAGGGUGAAUUCGAGUUUGCCCAUUGAGAGAGACAAGGAAAACGACAACGACGAUUUCCAGUACGAGGUCAUGAUGCCCAUCGCAUCAUUCCCAAAUUCGUGCAAGAGCAAAGAGAUCGUUACGCCAUCAGCGAUGCAAAAUCUCGCGAAAGCAGAGGAGUCGGACUACGACAAAUUAGAACAUUUUGGAUCCACGUCGAAACACAAUCACAAGUACAAAUAUAAUACAAACUCCUCGCAAAACAUACAUUCCAAUGUCUCUCACGGAGAGAACGCCAAUUGCAAUCUCGUUAAUCCGGCGUGGUCUAAUUACGAUAUCGUUGAGGACAUGUCUGCUGUUAGACUAGCUGACGACAGUCAUCAAGGAUAUGGUAUUAUCAGGAAGAAGACAGAUCUGCCUGAGAACACUUCUGUCGGUAAUACCACAAGUGGCCCACAGCACAAAGUUUUUAAUAACAGCGAAUAUGCAAUUGUAUCGAAACCAAAAAGGGUGUAAAACGCGCGCGCGCGCACACACACACACACACGUGCGUGAGUGCCAAUGCAGAAGUAUUAAAACUGAAAUAUCAUUCGGUUUUAUAUUCUGGAGAUAUUUUCUUCUACCGUUUUCGUAAUUAAUUAUAAGAAUUAUAGGAAUACGAAAAUAUGCUAGUCUGCACUGCGUGGCUAGAAUAACAAAAAAAUUUCUUGCUUUAAAGAAUAUGUAUGGUAAGAUUAUCGAAAUAUCGGAAAACAUUAGAAACGGCACAGAGAUAACUUUCGCGUAUCGUCCAGUACUGCGAUCUUGUUCGCUUUUUAUAUCUAUUUAUAAACACUAGCCUUAUUAAUUGCCGUUAUGAAUAAUAAUCAUAUCAAUGAUACAUGAAUAAAUUAUAACAUUUUUAGCAAAGUUUCAACAAACAAGAAAUUCCAAACGCAUUUAUCCACGAUAGUUGUUUUUUUUAUUAAAAUUGCUUUACAAAACUCAAAAAUGGUUAAUAGAUUGUUUAUAAGUAUAUACAUUUGACUGACUCACAGAAAUGUGCCUUCUAAAGUGUCUUGUAGAAAUAUAUAUCUUAAUUGACACCAAACUUAUAUUACAUCACGUGAAUGUUAAGUUUCUACUAAUAUUUAAACAUAUUGGUGUACUUAGAAAUUUAUCAUGUUAGAUAUAUUAUCGUAACUUCAUUACCACUAAAAACUAUAUAUACAUAUUAUUGUGCUAUUUACUACUAUACUACUAUUUUUUCUGCUCUUAUUAUUCUGCAAAAAAACUGUUAUUAU